AUGUCUACAAGGAGGAGAGUCGGCUUCAGUAACACGACCUCAGAGGCGUCGCGGCGGCAGCUGAUGCAACCGGUGCCCUGCUGGGAGAAAGUCUGGGUGCUCCCAGACAACGCAGGGCCAGGUUCGACUCUGAAGAUAUACAAGUGGGUGAAAACCGAAAAGAAGCAGCAAUUCAGUGACGAUGAGAACGAAACCGACCAACCGCUCGCGCCUCUCCCCGAACCAGAUGAGGUCGAGGUGGUCGAUGGCGACGAGGAGAUAGACCAAGACGAGGCCAACACGUCCAUCGCUCCCGAGACUGCCGCCGCCUCGCGCGACGUCUCCGAGAUGCCCAUAGGGCCCAAGGACGACGCGCUCUCCAAGCCAGGCACGCCGAAGCCGCACCCGCUCUCCAUGUCCUUCAUGCCGGAGCCAGACGUGGACGACGCGCUCGACGACCUGCUGAAGCCGCGCGAGGGCGAGCUUGACGCAGCGGUGGGCGCGGACGGGAUGGGCGACAUGGGCGGUAUGACGCUGGACAUGUCGGGCGUGGGCCCGGAUGGGGAGCCGUUCGAGGGCGCGACCCUCAGUCAGCUCCAGUCGGAUGAUGCGCUGCUAGGUGCCGGUGGGCUCAUGGAUAGCAGUAUGGACGACCCAUUCGCACCCCCUUCCUCGUGA